GUCAAACAUUGUUUAUUGUGGGUUGUUGAUUCGUUCGGUGUAGUGAAAUACGUCGCGAAGAUUUCGAUUUUGUGUAGCAGUGCGCAAACGUUUCCGGGAUGAGUGUUGUGCAGUCUAACAUUUCCACCACGAUCCGGAGUUUCAACAUAUCGGACGAUAUUCGAAUCGAGGUUAAAAAGUUCCGAACAGAUGCUGGAAUCGAGGAGAUUGAUAUAGAGGACGACGAGGAUGAUAUUUCCGUGAUUCGAAAAAUCCACAAAACCUUCGCCGAUCCGAAUGAAACCGAGUUCGAUCCGGAAACGCUCAAAUCCAUCAUAGGCCGCCUGGAUGGCAUCGAAAAAAGGUUGGAAAAUAUCAUCUACAUGAACGCGCAGGCGGACAGCCUGAAUGCGGUGCAGAUGAAUGGUCUGCUGAAUCGGCAAUUCAUUGCCGGUUCGCCAGGGGGUGCUGCGUUAGCGAUAGCGCAACCUCAAUCACCGCAGAUGGCGGUGGAACCGAUGGUACAGGACGACAUGAUUGACGACAUACGGAUCGGCAUGAGCCUAGAUGAGAACGAACUGAUGGGAGAGUUUGUCGAGCAUGACGAGCUGAAGUUGGUAGAGUUUCCUAUCAACCGGAUUGAUGAUUUGAGAGAGUUGGAAGAAUCGAUCACCAGCGAUCAGGAGUCGUUUGUUUCUUUUGCUAACUUUUUGGGAGUAACCGUUCAAAAGCACACUCGUAAUCUGGAACCGAUACUAAAGGAUUUUGUUACGGAGAGUCUUAUAAACGAGCUUGGGUUUAGUGAUGCGGAAAUCAAUAUGAUGUCCUUCUACAUCUUCAAUCAGCUUUUGUAUGAUAUCUGGAAGACGGAAUAUUCGACUAUGAACGAUUAUCGGAAUCAACUGAGGAAAAUUGCCUCCAAAAUUCAAAACCGAAAUAGAGCUUCGAAAAAUAGAAGGCAAUAAAUUAUCUGAUUGUAGGUUUUAAUACGUAGUUGAUUUUCAGUUGAGGUUAGUUUUUUUAUUAUCAGGGUAAUACCUGUUGUUGAUCCAAGAUGUUCGGUAUUUUGGUUUUCUCUGUUAGGAGUUUUCCGGGUUAGUGUUAAUCGUUCACCGUUACUGAAUAGUGUCGUGACACUAAACAACUGGAAGUUGUGCGUGUUUAUACAACAAAUUUAGCGGGGCGAUUAGACACCAACCAAGUCUUGUCUUUUGUGUUUUUGAAAUAAACUGGCCAACAUAAGCAGCGA